ACAGCGUAACUGAAGUCAAGACAGACAUUUACGUGACGAGUUUCGGCCCUGUCUCGGACACAGAUAUGGAAUACACUAUUGAUGUAUUUUUCCGGCAGUCCUGGAGAGAUGAAAGGCUGAAGUUUGAUGGUCCCAUGAAAAUACUUCCCCUGAACAACCUGCUGGCCAGUAAGAUCUGGACUCCGGAUACCUUCUUCCACAAUGGGAAGAAAUCUGUCGCCCAUAACAUGACAACACCCAACAAGCUGCUGCGCCUGGUGGACAAUGGCACCCUCCUGUACACUAUGAGGUAA